AUGCCGCGUCCUCUUAUUGAUAAGGCACUUGAGGCUAAACUGCAAGAAGGUCGUGAUAAACGCAGACACUAUUAUGCAAAAGAUGUAAUCCUAAGACGGCGAAGGGAGUUUCGUGUUGAAAAGAACACGGGGCAGCCAUCAGAGCUCGAGAAAGCCAUUGCAAGAGCUCUGCAUGGAUACGACUCGGAUGAAGAUGGUGAUGAGCCGGAGACAGGCAAUUUCAGCGACAUUGAGGAGAACGAUGACCCACCAUCGGAUCUCACAGGAUGUCUGCUCACCCUCAAAAUGAUCAAAGACGAAAUGGUGUCUUUGAUUACUGAACCCUGUGCAUUUGCUGAGGGUGUCUUACUUCAAUUUGUCAACAGCAUCACAUACACAGACGACCGUGCCGAUAAUGGUGAUAAGACCAUUGUCACCAAUAUGACGGCCACAGUCCAAGGCUUGCUCAACCGCUCCAUCACUGUUCAAGAUCAAAUCCUUACUUUUUGCGGUGUCUCAGCUGAGUUUCGUGCUGCUGACACAGUCACUCGUUACCUCAGUACUACCCUUGCAUACUUGGAGGAUAUCGAGUUUUUCCUCGACGUGGAGGGAGUUUCGGAGCUGUGUGUUGCUCACUCGAUGGGCGAGUUGAUGUACCAGAAGCGUCUUCGUGUUUGA